AUGGAUCAGUCGCAGGCGUCGCUCAAGGAGACAGACGCGCACAGACAGAUGCGUCGCAUCGCAUUCGUUGCUGUCGCCGUUUCGACGGUCGCCGUGAUCGCCACGGUCGUCACUCUGCCCAUGCUUUACAGCUACGUUCAAUCCUUCCAGUCGCACUUGAUGGUCGAAACCGACUACUGCAAGGUGAGGUUGUUUGAUCGGUUUUAGGUUUUUUUGCGUUUCUUAGGCUUAACAGGCUUAGGCUUAGUAGGCUUAACAGGCUUAGGCUUAGUAGGCUUAAGUUUAAUAGAAGGCAUACGCCCCGAGGCUAACCAAUAAAUUUACCAUCCAAUCUUCCAGGCCCGCUCACGCGACAUGUGGUUGGAGAUGACCGCCCUCCAAAUCGGAAAGGGACACUACAACCGUGUCAAGAGAGGCUGGCUCUUCGGCCAAUGGGUGCCAGAAGGUAACGGAUACGAAGGUGGAUCUUCAUCCAGCGGAUCCCCAUCCGGUGGUGCUCCAUCCGGAGGCAGCGGACCAAGCGGCGGCAGCGGACCCUCAUCCGGCGGCUACGGCGGACCAUCCGGCGCCCCAUCCGGCGGAUACGGAGGCCCAGCCGUCAACGCCGAGCCAGUUGCCCAAUGCUGCACCUGCCACCAAGGCGCUCCAGGCCCAGCCGGUCCCGAGGGACCAGCCGGUCAGGACGGAACCGAUGGAGAGAACGGAAAGGACGGACAAGACGGAAAGGACGCCCAACUCCUCCCCGCCGAAGCCACCGAAGUUUGCAUCAUCUGCCCACCAGGCCCAGCCGGUCCACAAGGACCACCCGGACCAAAGGGACCACCCGGACCAAAGGGCUCACCAGGAGAGCCACCAAAGGACGGAGUACCCGGCGAACAAGGUAUGCAAGGUCAACCCGGUCCAGUCGGACGCCCAGGACGCGAAGGACCACGUGGAGCUCCUGGACAACCAGGACGCCUCAUCCCCGUUCCAGGCCCACAAGGACCAGCCGGACCACCAGGCCCACCCGGAGAACAAGGACAAAAGGGACAACCCGGUCCAGACGGACAAUCCUUCCAAGGCCCACCCGGUCUGCCAGGAGAGCCAGGAAAGGCCGGCCGCGAAGGUCGCCCCGGUCCACCAGGUGCCGCCGGUCCAGCCGGAGACGACGGAGAGAAGGGUUCUUGCGAACACUGUCCACCUCCACGUACCCCACCAGGCUACUAA